ACAUAUUUGGGCUGUUGAGCCCAGCAUGACCUGCCAGUAUCAUGACUCUAUGCUCCUGGGAAACGGCAUCUAUCAAUUCAUCGCUCUGUCGCGCAGGACAUUGUCAUACACGCGAUGACUGUAAAUACGCCACAGUUGUUGAUAUUUCACGCCAUCUGAUCUCGAGGAAUUCGCGACAUUUGGCUCAUGUGGUUGAUUGCACAAACCUAGGGCCCCCAUCUUUCACUCACAAACACCGUUGUUUGUCCAUAUGAAAGCACCUUAGAGUCAAAGUGUAUUCAUAGCCACCGACAUCACUCGCUGUUCAACUAAUCUCGCCCGACUCGAUACGCGUAAAGCCAUUGCGAAGAUGUUCGCUCUCUACACAGACCAGAACAACGCACAUCAGUCACAGCCAAGCACUGAUCCCGUUGAUACCCCGUACACCUCCAGCCUCCUCCGCUACGACACCCAACUCAAAGAAACCUCCGCGCUCGUCGCAACCUUGCGCGCUGUCAUUUCCUACGUCACCACUAGUGAGCGUGCCUCGCUGCAAUCGCUUAUUCAGUCUACUAAAUCCCUCAAUACCGAUGUAGCGAAGGAACUUGAAGACCUCCUCGAGUGUGCUGAGAUGCUAGUUCAGUACGAGUACGAAAAGCCGGGUAGGAUUUUCGAGACAAUUAUGACGUGCGAGGAAGUGGGACAAGGACUGGUUACGCUGGGCAGGAUGAUCAGCAAGCUUAUACUGAAGGCAGACGAACUGGAAGCCGUGAGAGCGAGGCUGUUGCAAUUGUGGGGUACGGAAGCUUUCAUGGCGUCGAACAAGAUUAUCGGGGAGGCGGCAAAGCGAUGUGUAGGAAAAGGUGAAGAACUCGAGGCAGCCGAGGGACGGGACCCUGAUUGUCUUUAGGUAGUCUAAUUCCAUGUUGAUUUUAGACGGAAGGCAAAAAUCGUGAUUGCAGCUUCUCAUGCUCCAACCCGGCCAUCCCUGUCAAAGCC